UCUUUCGCCAACACGCUUCUACCCCUCUCAAUGCCAUUCCCAACCCUCUUCCCUAUCUUAUUUAUUAACACUAAUUAGCAAAUCUACCUUCUCUUCAUCCAACAAUCAUCUUCCUCUCUCCUAUCCUAUCCUUUUCCCAGCACUCCCAUGUUUUUUAUUGAGGUUUCCUCUGUUCUUUUUCUCGCUUUAUUCCCAACCGCUUUCGAUGUAAUCGAUAAUGAUCGUUCUUUUUCCUUUUUCUUCUCAGGAUCUGUGGCCACUGCUCCAGCGACUCGUUGGAAAAACUCCUCGCUUCUCAGGUCAAUCAAUUAUUUUAAAGGGAAUCUAAACUCUUUAGACGGUGCUUUUUCCCAAAUAGAAAAUUCGUCGCUUUUCCAGCACCUUCCACAAUCAAUGACAAACUCGAGUUGUGGAGGCACAGAGUUAGAGCUCUGCAGAGAUGAGUCAGCCGCAUUCGUUCUCAAGUUUGUUGCCAUCGCUUCCAUUCUAUUAUCCGGCAUGGCCGGAAUCGCGAUCCCACUCAUCGGCAAACACCGUCGCUUCCUCCGCACCGACGGCAAUCUCUUCGUGGCCGCGAAGGCCUUCGCGGCGGGGGUGAUUCUGGCCACCGGGUUCGUCCACAUGCUUUCGGACGCGUCGGAAGCGCUCCACCAUCCAUGCUUGCCUUCGUUUCCAUGGUCCAAGUUUCCCUUCACGGGGUUCUUCGCCAUGAUGGCUGCGCUCUUCACUCUCCUCCUUGAUUUCGUGGGGACUCAGUAUUACGAGCGAAAGCAGGGGCUGAAUCGGGCAUCGGAGGAGCAAUCUCGGGUCGGUUCAUCGGAACCCGGUGUUGUGGAGUGGAAUGGAGGGAAAGUGUUUGGGGAAGAGGAAAGCGGUGGAAUGCACAUAGUGGGGAUGCAUGCACACGCCGCUCACCAUAGACAUAACCACCCUCAUGGCCAUGAAGCAUGUCAUGGCAUUGGGGGCGUGAAGGAACAAGGCCACGCGCAUGGGCACGGGCACGGGCACGGGCACGGGCAUGGUCACUCCCACAUCGAAGACGAGGAAGAAACUGACGUCAGACACGUCGUCGUUUCGCAGGUGUUGGAACUUGGGAUAGUGUCACAUUCGGUGAUAAUUGGGUUGUCUCUGGGAGUUUCGCAAAGUCCGUGUGCAAUAAGGCCUUUGAUUGCGGCAUUAUCGUUUCAUCAGUUUUUUGAAGGGUUCGCGCUUGGAGGGUGCAUCUCACAGGCGCAGUUCAAGGCAUCAUCUGCUACAAUAAUGGCUUGUUUUUUUGCUCUAACGACGCCGUUGGGUGUUGGGAUUGGAACGGGUAUUGCUUCGGUGUAUAACCCUUACAGCACAGGUGCACUUGUCACCGAAGGUAUAUUGGAUUCCUUGUCAGCAGGGAUUUUAGUGUAUAUGGCUUUGGUAGAUUUGAUAGCUGCAGAUUUUCUUAGCAAGAGAAUGAGUUGUAACUUUAGGCUCCAGAUUUUGUCUUAUUGUAUGCUUUUCCUUGGGGCUGGAUUGAUGUCUUCGCUCGCAAUUUGGGCAUGAUUUUCCCCCAUCUAUAGUUUUAGUUGUAAUUACUACUUUGUUCCCUAUUAAUAUCACUUUCUCUUCCACUCU